AUGGGAUUUACUAAUUUUGAUCCUCCACGAGGAGUAUUUACACUGCCAAUUCCUUGUGAUGCAGCUAAUAUCUUUUGGGAAGAUGUUAAAGUUGCUGAACAUUUCAUACUUCAAAAGACAAAAGCUUCAAGUAAUAUAUUUUUUCGAGGUGUAAUUGGCACUAUUCAAAAUGUCCUUGACACAAAACAACCUCCUUUUCGAAUUAUUUUUCGUAGUGAUCCACUUGGCAUUACAUUGCAAAUUGCUGUAUCUGAAACUACAAAAGGCAUCGAAGAUGCUUGGAAAUGGUUAGAAGAUAGCUUAAGCUCUGAAUUACUAAAACUUGACAAUCCUGGUGAAAAAGAAAAUUACGUUGUUACAAAAAUUAAUUCUUUGGUCACUAGACAAUAUAAAGGAACUGAUGAAGUUUCUGAAGAUGAAAGCGUCAGAUCUGCUUCUAGAGCCUUUCACCAAACAUUUGACAUAUCACCAAAUGAGAGAUUAGUUAAUUUUUAUUCUUGUGCAUAUCACGGAGUUAGUCAAGGAUGGAUGUAUAUUAGCGAAAAUUAUUUAUGUUUUUAUUCUUUCCUACUUGGUAUAGAAACAAAGGUAAUUAUUGAAUUAAAGGAUGUUCGAAAUUUAACAAAAGAAAAAUCAAAACGUGGAAUGGUUUCAGAUUCAAUAAAAGUAAUUACAAAAGAUGAUCAAGAGACAUAUGGCCUAUUAAUGCAAUUAACAAAUUUAUCGAUGCAACGUUUAUUAAAGAAUUCUACUUUUGAACCAGCACCAGGAACUUCAAUAUAUGAUGCAGAUUUAGACCAGAUUUCAAAUACUCCUGAUCAAAAACUUUCAUUAAAUAAGAACAAUUUCGCCGAUUCACCAACUUCUCCAAUGACACCGCCUUUGAAAAAAGGUCUUGAGGAACAAAAACGUGACACUGAGUUUCAAAUAACAUUUAACCUACCAACAACUGAACGUUUAUUGGACGAAUGUGAUGUUUUAUUUUCAAUUCCUGAUACAAGCGAAUAUACUGCUGGAAAACUUCAAUUAUCCGAGGCUUAUCUCACUUUUCUGUCAAAUGAUCAAAAAAAUUGUAGUAUUGUCUUGCCAUUAUAUACCGUUCGAAGGGUCGAGCGUCUUAACAGUUUUAAUGUAAAUUAUUAUCUUGCUCUUUCUAUAAUAAAUUGGCAUCAAAUGUCAUUGAUAUUUCAAGUAGAAGGAUCUAAAUCAAAAUGUGAAAAUUUUUGUAACACCCUUAAAGAACAUUUAAAAGGUCAAAUCCGUUACAUGAAAAAAUUAAGGCCUUUUUUAAAUACUUGUUCGUCUGAAGUAUUAUUGAGCAAUACAAAAAAAGCAUUCAAAUUUGGGGGUUUGGGAUUAAAAUUUGGAUUUCCUGGUGAUCCUAAAAAAAUGAAAGAUUCAAGCAAGACGAAUUAUUGGAAAGACUAUCUGCAAACUAAUGGUAGAAAUUUAACAUUGGUUAGAAUUCCGAGCUUUACCAAACUUGUACGUGUUGGACUACCUAACACGUUGCGAGGUGAAUUAUGGGAAUUGUGUUGCGGUGCAAUGUAUUUACGAUUUGUUAAUGGUGGAUUGUAUGAAAAAAUACGUCAAGAUUAUGCGGGAAAAGUUUCACUUUCAACUGAAGAAAUUGAGAAAGAUUUGAACAGAUCUCUUCCAGAAUAUAGUGCAUAUCAAAGUUCUGAUGGUAUUGAUACUUUAAGACGUGUGCUAUCUACUUAUUCUUGGAAAGAUCCUGAAUUAGGUUAUUGUCAAGCGAUGAAUAUAGUUGCAUCUGCUAUAUUAAUUUAUACAAGUGAAGAACAAGCAUUUUGGAUUUUAAGCGUUUUAUGUGAUAGAAUGUUGCCAGGAUAUUACAGUACUUCAAUGUAUGGAGCGAUUUUGGAUCAAAUAAUAUUCGAACAUUAUGUUCGUGAAACAAUGCCAAUACUUUUUGAACAUUUCCAAGAUGUCGAUGUUCAAUUAUCAGUAGCAUGUCUACCAUGGUUUCUUACAAUCUUAAAGAUUAAUGGUAACGAAUUAUUAAAAAUAACAGACGACGGUCAAUUUAUUGAUGUUUUAAAAAAAUAUUUUUUAUCGUUGGAUGAAUCAUCAUAUCCUAAUAAUCCAAAUCCAAAAAUUAGAGCAAUAACAAAGUUUAGUUAUUUGAUGAGUUUGGCAUUCAGGGAAUUUUCAAUAGUAACCACAACAAAUAUACUUGAACUUCGAAAAUCUUAUCAACUUAAAGUGGUUCACAAUAUUGAAAGUUUUACGAAACGUAGUCAAAUUCGAAAUUUAAAAGAUACAUCUAAAUUUUCGAAGGACGAUAUAUCAGCAAUCUACGACAAAUAUUAUAAUGCACAGUUUUAUGGAAAACAACGCAGUGUUCGAAAUGAUUCACGUAUGGAUUUAAAUACGUUUUAUCGAUUUUUAGGUAGCGUUGUUAGUUGGGCUAAGCUGGACGAUGAUGAUAUCAGUAAAGAGAAUGGUUCAGCAAGGGACAAGCAAGGACGUAGACUCGUAGGAUACGAGCUUAUUAACAAGUUGUUUGUUCAUUUUGAUGGAUCAUUAUCAGGCGGACUUACAUUGCAAGAUGUUAUUUUAGGUCUUGGUGAAAUAAUGUUUGGUGACUUGAUGUCACGUAUACAUUUUUUUUUUAAAUUGCAUGAUAAUGAUAAUGAUGGGUAUCUUUUGAAAGAAGAAAUAUUACAAAUGUCAGAAAGUUUCUUAUUUAUAUUUAGAAAUCGACAAGAUGAUAGACAUCUUAACUCUGUUUCGAAUUUCAUAAAAAAUUCUUUUGAAUUUUCUGAUCCAUUACAACCAGAGAAAAAUCAAUUAAAAGUUAAUAACCAUGAUAGUAUAAAUUCAAAGUUACAAUCCCAAGACGAAAAUGUGGAGGAUAAAAAUGAGAGGGAUGAAAACGAGGAAAACAAAAACGAGGGAGAUAAAAACGAGAAAGAAGAACAACGGCUAAAAGAAAUCAAAGAAAAGAUUAUUAUGAAUGAUACAGAGGAUUAUAGAAUGUCCCUUCCAUCAUUUAGAAUGGUUAUUUUGGCUGAUGCCUACCUCGAAGAAUUUUUUGAUAAAGACUUUGCUGAAUCAUUCAAAUUUAUUGUACCAACUGAAGAAAGACAAAGAAGUUUUGGUCGUGAAAUAUUUAAUUCUUUGAUGACAGAUGGUAUGAAAAUGGCAGGAAAUUUUGAUAAUAAUAAUGAUUCUACUGUUUCACCUGAAAGUGAACCUUUACUUGUGACAACACAUGAUUCAUUGUUAGAUAACGAUGAUGGUAAUCAUACAGAUUACACGAAAGAAGUUUUUUCUUUGCAAACUCAAGUUACUGUAUCAAAUGAGGGAAUAUGUUCUGGUGAUACAUCAUUCAUUACAUUAAGAAAUAAAACUGUUACUGGACUUGUUGAGAUGAUUCGACAAAAUCGUGUUGUUCAAGUUAGAGGUCCCCCAUAUUCUGGAAAGACUAGUUUAGCACAAGCAACUGAAAUUUAUAUCAGAAAGAAGUAUCCAAAAACACAAGUCAUAUUUAUUACUUUUGCUACUGCCAAUGAGGAUUAUGAAUUUGAAAAAUAUAUUAAGGAAAAAUCUGGUAAAUCAUGGGAUGAAAUCUUAAACUCAGAAACCAACACAGUAGUAAUAUUUGAUGAAGGACAACAAACUUACAAUAAAGAAAAACACAAAACACAUAUACUUUGGGAGGGGACAAUCAAAAUGAUACUUCAAUCUCAAUACCCGACUUUAUCAAUAGUUUUGUUUUGUGCUUAUGGUAGUUCUAAUGAUACAAGCCUUCCUAAGUUAGCUACCUCAAUCAAGUUUGAUUCAGGAAAUAUUGUUACAAUGCAUAGUAGAAAAGAGGAUAACAAGGAGAUUGUUGGUUUGGAACUAUUUGAUGAAGAAUUUGAGGAGAUGAUGAAUAAGUUCAGUAAUGUAUAUUUUAGACUUGGAAAUUCUGUCAGAAGUUUAAUCAAGAGACUUACUCACAACCAUGUAGGACUAGUUCAUCAUAUCUUGGAUACUUUGAGAAAGAGGAUAGUGAAGAAUGAUCAAAUUGAACCAGAUCUACCCUGCAUGGAAUUUUUACAUUCAAGACUAUUUGCUGAUACUCUGCCAAUUUAUUGUCAUGGAUGUCCUCACUAUGAUACAAUUCACAAUGAUCCUAUUAUGGAAAAGUUGUUAGAUGAUGUGUAUUUUAAGCCAAAUGUGUCAAUAAACCUUUACUCACCAGGAAGAAAAGCUGCAGCUGAAAGAGCAAUAGAAUUUGGAUACAUAUAUGAAGAUGAACUUUCUAUUUUGAGAUUUGCAUCACCUUUAUAUGAGAGAUCUUAUUUCCUCACAAAAUAUGGGAAGGAACGACCUGAACUUUUUCAAUACAACAAAUUUGAAGAAUUUAUCAAAGAGGCAAUUCAAAGGUUAAAACCAUCACAACUUCAAAAUACAAUGAGUUAUGGUGUUAGGGAUAAAAUUUUAGAGCGUCAACUUCAAAUGGAGAUAUAUGUUACCAUACAAUCAUUACUGCCUGAAAGUUAUUUUAUAAGUCCUGAUGUUGGACCAAAACUGGGUUCUGAUGGGUUUGUAGAUUUUUUUAUAAAUGGGGAUUUAUCAUGGUUUAUAGAAAUACUUGUGGAAGGACAGGGUACCAAGGAACAUUUUGAGCAUUUUCAAAUAGGAGGAAAAUACCAUGUUAUGCUGAAACCAAAUUCAAAGUAUGCUCUAAUUGAUUUCAGGGAAUCAAUAAAUGUAAGAGUUAUAAGAGAGAAUUGCUUUUAUGUUUUGUUCUUAGAUGGAUAUAAGAAAGCAAAGAUACAAUAUGGUGAUGUUAAUGAAGAAAUUUUCCUAUUGGGUAUAUUUGGCAACUCAUUGGCAUGGAUAUCUACCAAUAAUGUGGAUUUAUUAAGUGAAGAUAAUGAUGACAAAUUUUCACAAUAUAUUUUUAAUAAUGAAUAA